AUGCAGCGGCCGGGGGAGCCCGGGGUCGCGCGCUUCGGGCCGCCGGACGGCUGCGCCGACCACCGGCCGCACCGCUACCGCAGCUUCAUGAUCGAGGAGAUCCUCACCGAGCCUCCGGGGCCCAAGGGCGCGGCGCCCGCCGCCGCCGCCGCCGCCGCCGCGGGCGAGCUACUCAAAUUCGGGGUGCAGGCGCUGCUGGCGGCGCGGCCCUUCCACAGCCACCUGGCCGUGUUGAAGGCAGAGCAAGCUGCUGUGUUUAAGUUCCCACUGGCACCACUGGGCUGCUCCGGCUUGGGGUCGGCACUGUUGGCCACAGGGCCAGGGCUGCCUGGUGCCCCCGGGACCCCACACCUGCCUCUAGAGCUUCAGCUCCGCGGGAAGCUGGAGGCACCAGGGCCGGGAGAGCCAGGCACAAAGGCCAAGAAGGGUCGUCGGAGCCGCACGGUGUUCACGGAGCUGCAGCUGAUGGGCCUGGAGAAACGGUUCGAGAAGCAGAAGUACCUCUCCACCCCAGACAGAAUAGAUCUCGCUGAGUCCUUGGGCCUGAGCCAGUUACAAGUGAAGACCUGGUACCAGAAUCGGAGGAUGAAGUGGAAGAAAAUAGUGCUGCAGGGUGGGGGACUGGAGUCGCCCACCAAGCCCAAGGGGCGGCCCAAAAAGAACUCCAUCCCCACGAGCGAGCAGCUCACGGAGCAGGAGCGCGCCAAGGAGGCAGAGAAGCCGGCAGAGCCGCCCGCAGAGGUCAGCGAUCCACCGGAGCCGUGA